GAAAUAAAGCUUGCCUCGACCAUUGUUAUGGAAACAUCCAGGACGCGUUUUAUUCUAAGGCAUUGCCCGGUUUGGGGAACUCGGACCAUAACAUGAUUAAACUGAUGCCUAUAUAUGUGUCCCGACUACGGCGUGAGAGAACAAAAAAGGUGGAGGUUAAAUGCUGGACUGCUGCUGCGACUGAGGCACUUCAGGAUUGCCUGGAGUGCACCGAUUGGAAUGUAGUGACAGAUGGGACUGAUAACGUCAAUGACGCAGUGUUUGCUAUCUCUGGUUAUGUACAAUUCUGUGAGGACACAAUCAUCCCCACAAAGACUAUUAAGAUUUUCCCAAACAACAAGCCCUGGGUUACCCCAGAGUUAAAGCAACUCCUUAAUGAGAAAAAGCGUGUGUUUAAAUUAGGUGGAAGCAGAGAAGAAAAAAAGAUAGUACAGAAAAAGAUUAAAAGUAAGAUUUAUGAAUGUAAAGCAGCAUAUAAACACAAGUUAGAAACUUUUUUUAAAAAUGAUGCUAGGAGAGCUUGGCAGGGAGUCCAAUCUAUCACAGGAUAUAAGCCCAAGAAGCACCCGAUGGUAGUAGAGAACAAUUUUAAUAUGGCAAAUCAAUUGAAUGAUUUUUAUUGUAGAUUUGAUAAAUAUGAUUUUAAAGUUGAACAGAGUGAGGCCAUCACAGCAGUGAAAGAGAUGAAGGGUACGGGCAUUCACAUCUCUAUUAAUGAGGUUAAAUCACAUUUUAGACGUAUAAACUCCCGUAAAGCCUGUGGUCCUGAUGGUAUCAGCUGCAGGACACUAAAGGUGUGUGCUGACCAGUUGGCACAGCCCUUCCAAAGGCUGUUCCGGCUGUCAAUAGAUACAGGUGUCAUUCCCAGCCUAUGGAAACAAUCCCUAAUAGUGCCUGUGCCCAAAAACAAUAGACCUAAAGAACUUAAUGAUUUGCGCCCUGUUGCUCUUACCUCUGCAGUUAUGAAAUGUUUUGAGAAAAUAAUUUUAAAACAACUUAUUCAUGAGGUUUCACCUCUUUUAGAUCCGAAUCAAUUUGCCUAUCGUGCAGAGAGAGGUGUUGAGGAUGCACUGCUAUCUUUGAUUAACAGCACUCAUGAGCAUCUUGAGCAUACUCAGAGCCUGGUCAAGAUUGUGUUCAUUGACUUCAGUAGUGCUUUUAAUACGAUCCAACCCCACCUGUUGGUGAGAAAAUUAGUGCACCUAGGAGUAAAUCCACAAUUGAUUUUAUGGAUCUACGACUUCUUGACUGAGCGUAGUCAGCAAGUCAGAUUCAAUUCAUGUAUAUCUUCCUUAAAAACGACAAACACAGGUGCACCACAAGGGUGCGUUCUGUCGCCUAUUUUAUACUCAUUAUACACCAAUGAUUGUCAAGCUAUCUCUUCAUCCUACACUUAUUUUAAAUAUGCUGAUGACAUAGCAUUGGUUGGCUUUUUAAAAUCAGACAAUUCUUCUGUGAGCGGAUUUCAGAGGGAAUUGCAGGGCUUCACUCAUUGGUGUUCUGAGAACUUCCUCGAAAUCAAUGUGAAGAAAACAAAAGAGAUGGUCAUAAAUUUUAGUAAAAACAAAAUAACAGUUCCCUCCUCUGAGAUCAAUGGUGAAUUGGUGGAGAGGGUCGCAACAUAUAAAUACUUGGGAGUUGAAAUUGAUUCGAAAUUAACUUUUAACGAAUGUGCACUGAAAAAAACUAAGAAAAUGCACCAAAGGAUGUAUUUCCUAAGAAAAUUAUAUAAUUUUAGACUAGAAAGACACAUUCUUGUUAUGUUUUAUAAAAGUUUCCUCCAGAGUGUUCUGUCCUUUGGCCUUAUCUGUGUGUUUGGUAACAUGCAUGUUAAAGAUCAAGGGAAACUGCAGCGCAUGAUUAAGAUGGCCAGCAGGAUCAUUGGAAUUGACCAGGUGUCGGUAGCUGAACUGUAUAAUGAACUUAUCUUAAAAAAAACUGAUCAGAUCCUCAAGGAUCCUGCUCACCCUCUUCAUUAUAAAUUUAUGAGAAGUAAUAGGUCAACUGGUAGAAUUAUACAACAGAGAAUUAGAACAGAGAGGUACAAUAAAUCAUUUGUACCUACAUCAAUCAGAUUGUAUAAUGAUCAAGUACAUCGCAAGUUGUUAUAGUUUUAGCUUUAAAUGUUGGAUUGUGAUUGUCAAAUCCACAGUAUUGUUAUUACCUUUUGUGUUUCUUUUUUAAUGUUUUGUUUUUAGAAGGUUUGUUUGUGAUAACAGCGCGUAAUGACUACAUGAAUUUCCCCUUGUGGGAUAAUAAAGUUUACCUUGACCUUGA